AUGUCAAAUUCAAGCGAAGUUCCUCGUUUACCAGUGACCGAAGAUGUUCUUCGCAAAUCGAUCAUCGAACAGAUCAAUCAGUUCGGACUGGACAAACUGACGAGUCGUUUGAUUCGAGAAAAUCUGCGGAAAGAAUACAAUGCUGACUUUUCACCGUUCAAGUCUCAAAUUGACACGAUCGCUAUGGAGGUCGUUGAAAAACGAAACGCAGAAACAGCGAAGAAAGCUGCCGCUAAAGAAAGUUCUGAUUCGGAUGACUCAGAUUCUGACGAUGGUGUUGUUUUCACUGAUUCUACAACGCCCAAAAAGAAACAAAAAAGUUCAAGAAAACGUGCAGCCUCAGGCUCCGAUUCGGAUUUGCUCGAAGUAGGCCAAAAGAAACGGCGAGCUGCUGCGGCCAAUGUCAAGAAGCAAGCACCCAAAAAGAAGAAAAAACCGGCUGAAGGAGGAGUGAAACGAAAGACUGCAUAUAGUGUGUGUUGUGCUUUAACAGAAGAUUUAUCAUCAAUUGUGGGCAAGAAAUAUAUGCGACGAAGUGAUGUGGUCAAAUCGAUGUGGGCCUACUUCCGUUCCAACAAUCUCAUGGAUCCUAAGGAUAAGCGAUACGUACUGGCUGAUGAGCCACUGCUGAAACUGUUCAAGAAGCGACGAUUUUUAGCAUUUGGCAUGAUGAAAGAUCUUGUUCCGCAUAUUAUUGAAGCAAAAUUCUUGAAUGAAGCCGAUCGUGCUGCGCUCGAAAAAUACGAAGCUGAAGAGGACGCGAGGCGUGCGAGAGAAGAAAAUGCAAAAAACAAUGAAAAACUGAACGGAAUUAGUGAUCAAGGAAGUAGUGGUAAGGCUGACGGGAGUAGUGAUAAUGAUAAUAAUAAUGGUAAUGAUGAAAAAUCAGAUGGUGGCUCGGAUGAGUCGAAUAGUGAUGAUUAA